AUAAAACCUCGUCGUCGUCCAAGAAGAGGAAAAAGUAAAACAAUAAUGAUAAGAAAGACAUCAGCGUUUCAGAUUUGAUUUCGACACAGGACAGGAGUGGAAAGUCAAGUCCGUUCGUGUGUUUGAGAUUUGAUUAAUCCUACAUACGAUUCAAGGCCAGAUUAGUUUAGUUCGUUAGCUGUUAAUGGGGAAGCAUCCGAAAUUACCGGGCGUCAGUGAAGAAAUCCAGAAGCUUCUGGAUGCUGAUAUGGACUUGGUAGAUGCCAGGCGCAGAGCGCGGGAGGCCUUCAAGGAUACCCAGCUCUCCAUUGAUCAUUUCUUGUUCAAGGGGCCACAUUCCGAGUUAAAGAUGGAGGAGUCGUACGAGAAAAACUCAAGAGGGGUGGAGAUUUUCUCCAAGAGUUGGAUUCCGGCGACAAGUCCUCCCAAAGCAUUGAUUUGCUUGUGUCAUGGUUACGGAGAUACUUGUACAUUCUUUGUGGAAGGCAUUGCUAGGAAGCUGGCGUCUUCUGGUUAUGGAGUAUUCGCCAUGGAUUAUCCUGGUUUCGGUCUCUCAGAAGGCCUUCAUGGGUACGUUCCGAGUUUCGACAAGCUAGUUGAUGAUGUCAUUGAGCAUUACUCCAAAGUUAAAGAAAACGAAAACUGGCGCACAUUGCCAAGCUUCCUAUUUGGACAGUCUAUGGGAGGAGCGGUUGCUCUCAAGGUGCACCUGAAGCAACCUGGUGCAUGGAGUGGGGCUGUUCUUGUUGCACCUAUGUGUAAGAUUGCAGAUGAUAUGGUGCCACCGAGGCUAUUGACAUGUAUACUCAUUUGGGUGUCAAAGUUUCUUCCGCGACAGAAGCUGGUUCCUCAAACAGACUUGGCUAAGUUGGCAUUCAGAGAUUCAAAGAAGAGAGAGCAGGCUGCCUAUAAUGUCAUUGCUUACAAACAUAAACCGCGCUUGGGGACUGCCGUGCAACUAUUGAAGACUAGUCAAAAAAUCGAAAAUUUACUAGAAAAGGUGUCUCUGCCCUUGCUGAUUUUGCAUGGGAAGAAUGAUAAAGUAACAGAUCCAUCAGUAAGCCAAGCACUGUAUGAGAAGGCAAGCAGCCAAGACAAGAAACUAAACCUUUAUGAAGAUGCUUGGCAUUCCCUUCUCGAGGGCGAGCCCGAUGAGAUGAUUCACAGAGUUAUCACUGACAUUCUUUCUUGGCUUGAUGAACAUACACAUACAUAGUUCUACAUGUCACUACCUAUGUGAAUCAAACCGAUACAAUCAUACAAACACGCCCGGUGUGUGUUUGUGUGUGUGUUCUAUUUAAGGGUAUAGUUUGGGUUGAGAUGGCUGGUAUGGUUGAUGUUAUAGUGCAGUUGAGGGUGUUUGGGAUUGUUUUUUGGAGAUUGAUUCUCAGUUUAUGUCUUAUAUAGAAGAUGCUUGGCCAUGUUCGGUAGUACUUUUGGUGAUUGAUUCUCAAUUUUUGAGAGAGAUUCAAAGGCGGAACACGUUUGGAAGCAAAUUGAGGUGUUUUUUUAAAUCCGUGGCGGAAAAAUUUGUUUUUGUUGAAACUUGAACAUCUUCUCGUCCGUUUGAUGAUGUUCAAUCUCUGUGGAUGAGUGGCCAUGAAAACUCGGCCUCCACUCAAGAUCACCUCACACCAAAGGGUAAAUCUUAAUUAUUGUGUACCUU